AUGCCGCCCAUGCCUGCGAGUGCGCAGCAGCACAGAGGACCACACUGGUUUGACAAGAUGAAGAUGGGUGCUUUGAUGGGGACAACUGUGGGAGGGAUAAUGGGCUUCAUAUAUGGCACAGUAACCAUAUUCCAAUAUGGAGCAGGACAGGCUGGAGUAAUGAGAACACUGGGCAAGUUCAUGGUUGGGUCAGGCGCAAUGUUUGGUCUUUUCAUGGGCAUUGGUAGUAUCAUUCGCAACGAGUCAGCACCCGUCGCAUUCCCUAUGCGGUCGGAGAUCCUGGCGAGAACACACAUGCGCCCCAUCAUCCAUCCUCGAAGACCGCCACAGUCGUCCUCAAGAUGA